AUGAGUGCACGUGUGCCGAAGAAUAGAAAUUCAAAGAAGGGCACCUCAAAGAGGUUUAUUACAGAAGGAGAAGAGAAAUUGAUCGAAGCUCUCCAUGCUGUGGGAAAAGAUCCGGAAUACAUCGCCAAGAGAGUUGGCAAUAGUGUCCGUAAAGUCAAAAAUUACAUCAAGGGUAUCGAAAAUGGAGUUACAAAGGUAUUUUCCAUUGAAGAAGAUAUUAUCUUAGUCCAAAAACUUAGAGAAGGAAUUGUUAAAGCAGCAAAACUAGUCCUAUUCUUACCAUCUAAGCAAGAUUGGAUGAUUAGAAACAGAAUUAAAUUGUUCAAAAGGCAUUAUGGAGAUAUUCAGAUGCUAAAUGAAUUGGAAAUUAUCACGGAAUUCCAUAAAGAUAAACUUGAGAAUACCGAGCAGGAGUACACACCGGUUGCUGAAUCUCAUGAUGAAAAUGAGAGAAAUGAAGUAAAAACUAGUGGUGAUAUCAUUGAAAUUACCGAAACUGGAUUUGAUAAUGUAUUUGAAUCUGAUUUUAUGCUAACAAAUGCAUUAUAUCCAAAAGAAGCGAACUUGAAUUUUGACAACUAUAAUCUAUGUGAAGAUUUCUUAUUCUGA